UCCUGUGUCCACAGCUAGAUCAAGUGGUGCUGCUCAGGCGGCUGGAAGGCGCCCACGGAGAGAAACCGAGCACCAUGUUCAGAAAGCUCCACUCCAUCUUUAACUCGGGCCCGCAGAGGCAGGCGGAGGUGGCGGAGAGCCCUUACUGCGACCGAGCCAGCCCCGCGGUCAGGCUGAUCCGCAGCAGCUCCAUGUACGUGGUCGGGGACCACGGGGAGAAGUUCAGCGAGUCCUUGAAGAAAUACAAGAGCGCCGGCAGCGUGGACACCAGCCUGCACCGCCUGCAGCAGGAGGGGGACCGGGCGUGGCUGUUCUCCCGCACCCAGGACUGCCUGCAGUACCUUCAGGAGCUGCUGGCCUUGCGCAAAAAAUACCUCAGCGGUCUCGGCGCCCUGAAGCCCAGCCGCGCCCGGGGCGUCUCCUCCACCUCCUCCAAAUCCUCCAGGGGAGGGAAAAAGUCCACCUCCGAAGAAAUAAAGAAAGCAGCCCCGAAGAAGUACUCGCAGUUCAGCGCGGAUGUGGCCGAGGCCAUCGCCUUCUUUGACUCCAUCAUCGCGGAGCUGGACAUGGAGAGACGGCCGCGGGCCUUGGAGGCAGACCCGCAGAAUGAAGACGUGGACUUCGAUGUGGCCACCAGCUCCCGGGAGCACAGCCUGCACUCCAACUGGAUCCUGCGAGCCCCACGCCGCCGCUCCGAGGACCUCGCCGUGCACACGACGGACGGCCAGCUCCGGAGGAAUGCAGAACGCAGGACCGUGGGCACCCAGAGGAGACUCGAGAGGCACCCCAUUUACUUGCCCAAGGCUGUGGAGGGGGCAUUCAACACUUUGAAAUUUAAGCCCAAAGCCUGCAAAAGAGACCUUGGGAGCCGCAGACAGGUCCUCUUCAACUUCUCGGGAGAAGACAUGGACUGGGAUUUGGCGCUCUUUGCGCUGGAGCCCCUGGCGUCUCAAGGGGAGGACUCCUAUGAGACAGAGAACCCCAGAGGGCAGUGGCUGCUUCGAGAGCGACUCUGGGAGCGGACUGUGCCCUGA